AUGGCUGAUGUGAAAAACUGCUUAAACUUUUGCAGUAGUCGAUUAAGUAAUGUGCCGAAUAUGAAGGAAAUUUUGGCGGGCAAUCAUGGCCUGCUGAUUCAGGAAAUGCGAGAUGAGAUCUUCAGCAUUGAUAAAAUGGCGGCAAAAUUAUUGAUCACAAGAGAAAUUUUGGGAGAAACGAGAAUUAAAGAUUAA